UUAAUACACUGAUUAAUACACACACAUAACCACAAAUAUACAAAAUUGACACUGACACUUGUAAUCCGUUGAUAGUAGGAGUGACUUUAUCGGUCUAUUAAAUUAUUUGUUUUGCCCCAAUUAGUUUAUAAUUAAAAUAAUGGCCGUGGCCACAGGGACAUCCCUAAUUUUAGCUUCAAUAAGCUCACUGUUAGUAUUAUCUGGAAUGCAAAUGUUCAAACCCUGGCUGAAUUCAUCCCAAUUACAUACGCUUUUAGGAGGAUAUUUUGGUUCCGUAUUCUUCGUAUUAAUCCUUACAUCCAUAGGGAACCUUGAAACCUGUAUAUUUGGCAAAAAUUUCCAAGUUAAAGUAUUUCCUGAAGUUUUACUUAGUUUGGUAAUUGCUCUUGUUGCAUCAGCAACCAUUCAUCGUGUAUGUGCUACUUCUUGUUUAUUGCUCUCGCUAUGUGCCCUCUACUAUGUAAAUAAGUAUUCACAAAAAGUGUACAAUCUUCAAGCUCCUCCAGUCGUUGUUCAAACAGGAAAGAAGAAAAGACAUUAACACAGAGUUUUGUACAAAAAUGUGAAUUCGAAUUAUUAUUAUUCUGUUACUUUUUAAGGUGGACCUUUUGUCAGUUUUGAUAAUGUAUAAUUUUUCACACAAACAUUUGAAGAUCUGAUAUUAUUGUAGUUUUUAUAUUAAUUUUUACAAAAUGCUACUAAAAUAAAUAUUUCACUCAAAGCUUGAAAA